AUGUCCCGACCAAAGAUAGCAGUCCUGGACGACUACGCCAACUUUGCGCCCCAGUUCCUUUCCCAGUUCUCAGAUCGACUCGACAUCGAGUACUUCCCGACAACCUUAAAUCCAAGCGUGCCGGCUGAUUUCGAAGCCCUGGUUCAGCGCCUGAAACCCUUCCCCAUUAUCUCGACGAUGAGAGAGCGCACGCCCUUUCGCAAGCCGCUGCUAGAAAACCUGCCCAACCUCAAGGUUCUCCUGACGACGGGCAUGCGAAAUCUGGGCAUUGACACUGACACGUGCAAGGAGCGUGGAGUGGUCGUGGUUGGAACCCGGGGUGGGGGGAAGAAGGUGCCACCAAACUUCGAUACCACUAACGAGCAGACGUGGGCACUGAUCCUUGGGUUGGUCAAAGGAAUCGCGGAACAUGAUGUGCUGGUCAAGACCGAGCCUAACAGGUGGCAGGCGACUAUUUCUCUCGGACUGGCUGGAAAGACGCUCGCGUGCUUUGGCCUCGGACGACUCGGUCUGCAGUGUGCAAGAACCGCCAUUCUGGGCUUCGGCAUGAAGGUCGUCGCAUGGAGCCCGAAUCUGACGCAGGAGAAGGCGGACGAAGGCGUGGUAUCCGUCGGUCUCCAACCGGGAAGCGUGCAAGUGGCGACAAGCAAAGAAGAAUUGUUCCGCGCCGCCGACGUUCUCAGCGUACACCUUGUCCUAAGUGAGCGCUCUCGGGGCAGUGUGGGCGGGCCGGAGCUGGAGUGGAUGAAAGAGAGUGCCGUGUUGGUCAACACCAGCCGCGGGCCACUGGUUGACGAAAAUGCAAUACUGGACACGCUCAAGAAGGGGAGAAUUCGAGGCUUUGCCGCUGAUGUCUUUGACACGGAGCCGCUUCCGCCGGACAGUGAAUGGCGAACUCAACAGUGGGGUCGAGAUGGGAGGAGCCACGUCUUGCUCAGCCCGCACAUGGGCUACGUCGAAGAACAGACGUUGAUUAACAUGUAUAGAGAUACAGCAGAAAACAUUAGACAGUGGUUGGACGGUGAGGAAUUCAAGAACAGAAUGAUAUAA